GAGAAGAACGCGCGCGCCUCGGGAGAGAGAGAGAGGGUUUCUUUCUCCAGCGCGUCCACCGAAUGCUCUCGCGAGGUAUGAGAUUUUCCAGGGGGAUGGAGCCGCGGCAGCGGCAGCGGCAGCUAGGGUUGACGAUGACGACGACGAAUUCCCCCGCCAAGCACAAGAAUCCAUGGCCGCGAUGCUGAAAGGCGUCAAGGAGGAGGCAGCUCGAGCUGUUGUUCGCGAUGCCGCGCAGCGCGGCCACACCUGCAUCGAGCUCCGCCGCGACGGCAAGCGCCCGAUCUUCUUCUGCCUCGUCUGCGGCACUCGCAGCUACAACGACGAUUCCUUGUGGAAUCACCUCAAGGGAAAUCUCCACGCGCGGCAUUUGGCUGGGAGUGGCCUCGUGUCGCCAAAGCCCGACGAUGAGAGGCAAGGCAGCGAGGCAGGCAGCAUUGUGGGCGCUCAAAAGAGGAUCUAUGGGACCAAGAACCACCGGCAUUCUUCCAAGAUGGAAGUGGACAGCCCCAGCUCUAACACCUCUUCCUCUCUGGUGGCUCCAUUAAAUCUGGUUGCUCUGCCGGAGCUUCCACUCCAGCUGGUCGAUCAAGGGCAGAUGUUCGUCAAGGUCCGGCCUGGUGCUCAGUUCGUGGAGGCUUGCUGGCUGGAGAAGCGAGUGCUUGUGAAGCAGCAGCAAAGCGGCCAGGCCGAGUAUGGACUCGUCGUGUUUCCAUACAGCGAAGGACUCGGCAAAGGCGUGGUGCUGUGUUCUUCCGCCAAAGAAGAGACUGGGGAGAACAAUAGCGGCAGUGCUCCUCGAGCUAUGGCGAUUGUCGAGCAGCAGGCAAAGAAAGGGACGAGGGGCCGGAAGCGCACGAAGCAAACCGAGAGGAUUUGCUUCAUCUGCCGGCAAAAGAUGGUCGCUGGGAAGGAUGUUGCCACGCUUCUCAACAUGAGCAACAGGCAAAUGAUGUGUCACAGUCGAAACUGGCUCGGGGCUUUCCACGUCUAUCACACUUACUGUCUCAUCAACUGGAUCUUGUUGUUUGACGCUAAGUUCUGGAUGGGACACUCGCUGCACUUCAGCCGGAACUUCCGCAAGAGCCUCCAGAGUGUCGGGCAGCAGCACCUCAAUCACCAGGACAAGCCGAUCUUCUGUCCGGAGUGUCAAGGGACAGGAUUUCGAUUCAAUGGUGGACAUCUCGAACCUCCUCGAUAUCGAUUAGCUCAGAUAUUUGACUGGGUCCUGGAACUAGUUCAAGCGAGAAAGGUUUGGAUAGACCGUCUCGGUCAAGAAAUUACAGGACUGAUGUUCCACGCCUCAUCAAAGGGGAUAGGCCAUCCACGGGAUUUCGAAAGCUCACUGGUUCUCCCUAGGGGAAUGUUACGAUUCUUUUACUCACAGCCUGACAGCAAGCUUGAUGUUCUCCGGAUAGACAACGAUGGGACCGCAAGUAUGGAAGUUGACGUCUAGUUUUCGCUCGAUCCAAAAGUAUGUAUAUGUAUAUAUAUAUCUUUUACACUCGCAGUCGCAGUUCAGACAGCAAACCGCAAACUUCUCUCUCAA